AUGGUCACGAAACCGUCGAAGGGGUGUGCCGUCGGCGCCAACCAAUGUCAUAAGAAGCACGGGAAGAGGCAUUCUCACACUCCACCGCCUCUCAGGAAGAAGACCCUGAAAGCCGGACUAUUCGCAGACGACAGCAUCGUUGAUAAUUAUCGAAUCCCCACGAUUUGCAGUGAGGACCGAGAAGCCGAAGACGGAGCGGAAACCGAAUCUUCGCCGAUUCCACUUCUGCCCAUGCCCGUCAACACUGGUCUGGAUCUCAUGGGCAGUACAACGCACUUCCGAUUGCCCUACGAUAUCUGGUAUCUUCGAAAACAUCAAAAACUUCCAAUGAGCAACGAUCUUCUGGGCGGAGCCAAUUACAAGCGUAUCAAAUCAAACAUCUACGUAGACGUCAAACCCAUAUCCGAGUACGAGGCUCAGGCGUGCAUGUGCAAGAAACCCUCAAGCGACGACGAGGCGUACGGGUGUGGUAGCGAAUGCCUCAAUCGAAUGAUGUACGCCGAGUGCUCGGCGGCGCUCUGCCCCGUCGGGGAGAAAUGCAACAAUCAGAAAAUUCAGAAGUUCGAAUGGUGUCCGGCACUGCAGCGAUUCAAAACGAAAGAUAGGGGCUGGGGCGUUCGGUCGCUCGAAACCAUCAAAGCGGGUCAAUUUAUUUUGGAGUAUAUUGGCGAGGUCGUAUCGGACACCCUGUUCCGCAGACGUAUGGAAGAGGUCUACAAGAACGACAAGCAUCACUACUGUCUGAACCUGAGCGGUGGGAUGGUCAUCGACGGAUACCGUAUGGCCAACGAGGGUCGUUUCGUCAACCACAGCUGUGAGCCCAACUGCGAAAUGCAGAAAUGGUCGGUCAAUGGAGUUUAUCGCAUCGCGCUCUUCUCCUUGAAGGACAUACCCGCCAUGACCGAACUCAGCUACGACUACAACUUCGAAAAUUUCAACAACGACCGACAACAACUGUGUCGAUGCGGGAGUCAGAACUGCAGAGGUUUCAUCGGAGCUCGGAAGAAAGUGGAAAAGAGCGACAAGAUCGACCUCGGUCAGAGCGGCAAGAAAUCCGGCAACAAGAAACAACAGCGGAAAAAAUCCGCGUCCAAUCGGAUCAAAGACGAGAAAGACAAAGUCAACGGCGCGCAGUCGAACAAUCUCGUGAAGGUUUCGUGUGCGAGACCCAUGUCGCAUCAGCAAAGGUGUUUCGUGCUCAAGCACAAUCUCUUCCUUCUACGUAAUUACGAUCUCAUUCGGAGAACGCGCGGUCUCUCUCGGGGGGUCGAGGAGGAGAACGGAGCCGAUCAGGGCAACGAAGGUUUCAGAACCCAGCUGACGGCCCUAAGCACGGCCCGUUCCGUGAAGACGAGGCAGCUUGCGGCAGCUCAAGACGACACUAACUGCGUACGGGCAGCGAAAAUGGCGCAAGUUUUCAAGGACAUCCUCAACGCUAUCCAUGCGUGCAGGGAUCUCCACGGCAAGGAGCUCUGCCUGCGAUUGAAUACACUUCCGCCGAAAAAGAAGUUCCUCAACUACUAUCAGCACAUAUCUCAGCCGAUCGAUCUUUCAACGAUCGAAGCCAACGUCGACAAGGGAGCGUACGCUUCAGUCGAACAAUUCUGCGCCGACGUUCAACUACUCUUCUCAAACUGGACAUCGUAUGCCGAACAAUACGAAAGCGAUCUCGUCAACGACCUAGGAGCUCUGAGAGGAACGUAUAAGGACUCGCUCUUGGCCUGCACGCCCAUGCUGAAUGACAUCGCUAUGGAUGACGGCAACGCGGCGUCCAUCGAUCACCGGACGGUGGACUGCAUUUGUAGAACGACGUCCCGUCAUCUUAGAGUGCAGAAGUGCGAGUCUUGCGACCGCUGUCUACACGAGCACUGCGCCUCUCGAGGAGAAGAGAAACGCGUCAAGUGCGCGUCGUGUGCGAAGCCGCCGCUCCUGGAUAUACCUCUGGAAGAUCCCGAGAAGGACACGAGUUCAAGUCCUUACGUGAGAAUGCUCUGCGUAACCAACGGCAGCGUUCUCCUGCACAAGGGGGGUUUCGGCUACAGGAAAUCGGACGUUCGCUGUGUGAUUCAGAUCUGUGACAUAUUCGUCAAGGAUUCGGAAAAGUAUGUUCGCGGUUUCGAGUUCCUACCACCGAGUCAUUUCCCUGCUUUAUUCAAAAAUCGGACCGUCAACGAUCGCGAGCUCGUCCGCCUACCGGAGGCCACCGCCAUCCCGCUCAGCGACCUGGUCGAAGACCGGGUGUGCUGUGUGUUGAACGUUGGGGAUUUCAGUGCGGGCAAACCCACACACAUAAAUUCGGAGGACAUUUUCGUCUGCGAGUAUCGUCUCGACAGACGGAAACAACAGCUGCUCCCGAUCAAAAUGCAGCUCGAAAUCUCUGCGGGGACUUUUGAGCUCUUCUCGACGAAAAAACCAUUCAAGCGGAAUACGCGAAUCAGAGAGGAGCUCCCGCUGCAAACGCAGUCAUCCAACGCGAGGAAAAUCGAGAGGGACGUUAUGAAAGCUCUGAAUUUCCACCACCGGAAACGGAAUUUACAGCGGGUUCUGAUCCAACGAUCGAAGUUUUUCAACCAGGGCUUGUCGGAAGACCCAUCCACGACUGUGAAACAGAACGGAGUCGGCGGAUACGCCGUCUGUAGAUAG